AUUACAGUACGGUACAUGCAUUACAUGUACGCCCUGUGGUUGGAGCAUGUCAAUGCUGGGGCUGAAAGCUUCAGCCGCCUUUUGUCGAAAUACGAGAGCGCAGGAAAGUUAUAAAUACCCUCGUGUUUUGCUCUUUUAACUUGCCAGGCUCCGCGAGAGAGAGGGACAGAACACUCACCGCUGAUCCGCCUACGUUUUUGGUUAACGGCGAGCUUUCGGCAGCCAAAUCUCGGGCACGUGGGCUUGGCAGUACCUGAAACGCAAGACAGUGGUGGCCGCCUGGAAGAGCACAAGAUGGCGCCGACUACCCUUCUUCCGGACGCCGGGAACAAGUUCGAGGACCUUUCUGGUGUUGAGAUCAAACCGGGCGAUAACCCUUUUGAUGCGCUCAUCAACGCAUGCGACGGCUCUCCGGCCAAAAUCCAGUCGUUGUACGCGAGGCAUCGCACGACAAGGAAUGCGCAGCAGCGAGAGAAGUUCCUGGCCUCGGAGUUCAGGGAGCUGAGUAUCGACCCCAUUUUGCUGCGGCUGGAGAAUCCGGAGAUUGAGCCUGGCUUCCAGGAUCCACGGCACUGUCUCGUCUUCUGGGCAAGACCGCCGGAUCACAUUGUGAAGUUGGCCUGCCAUGUGCAAACUCUUCUGCAGAAAUCGGCACCAAACCUCUGGCUCAUGCCUGCGCACCGCAUGCACUUGACAACUCUCGAGGUCGCUCACUCGAAGACAGCCGAGGAGAUUGCGAGCCUUGUGUCACGCAUACGUCCCGCGAUUCCUGCUCUGACGGGGCUGACGUUUGCCCGGCGCUCUCGGCUUGUGAAGCCGAUGCUUUCCUACGACUUGUCUGCCAUCGCCAUGUCCUUUCUGCCGGCCGCGGGCGAGGAGGUUCUAUCGCCGGCUCCUGCGGCGCCCCAUGCGGACGGUACUGAGGCCGACAACUACACGUAUCACCACCUUCGGCGGGACGUCUUCAACAUGGCGUCGGAAAACGUAGCCAUUGGGUCGCGAUACGUGGUUCCCAGCGCACACAUCACCCUGGGCCGCUACCUCACCCAGAAGGACCACGAAACGCCGGAAAUGCGAGAGCAUUGGAUCCGCACCAUUGAAGACAUCAAUGCGUGGCUUGAGAAGGAGGUGUGGGAUGUCCAGGAUGGCCAGUUCAUCGGAGAGUGGGUCGUUGGCCAGGAAAGGGGCCUUGACGCCCGUUGCGGCACUCUCUGGUAUGGCGGUGGGCGCACUAUCAUGACCGGCGAGGGGUUUUGAUAGAAAGACGCUUGAAAGCAGGAGAUGGAGGAAGAGUGAGGCGGAAUCCCGGAGGGGAGUUCGGACAGGGGAAGUAUUUAUCGGCACGGAGUAAGUUCCUCACCGUUGUUGAAGGAUGAUGGACUCGCGCAAGGUGCACUUUUCGUAUAUAGAAGGUACCGGGACGUUAGUAGACUCAGGCGUCGGCAUCUCCUGCCCUUUUAGAUUUCAUGUUCGUACAUGGCCAGUGUAGACCAGAAAUGGGGGAUCAGCUGUUCCAAGGUUGCUUGUUGCUGUAAUUUCUAGAGACAUGCUUUUGGGAGUUGGGACAGUAAACUUCAGAACCCGGGGACAGUAUUUGAAUCAAAUCCAGUUAGCGCCCCCGGAAAUGAUGUAUGCUGCGCAUCGCACCCACACAUCGCACUUCAACAUGACACUCAAUUACCGUAUAUUCUAUUGCCAUUCGGAUACUUCAAUUGACGAUUGAAUGCCG